AGCACACGGGGUGGGAAGGCUAGGUAGCGAGAACCUGCCAGUACGCUUCAUAUAUAAGAGCGCGCGCCAAUGGACGAAGGAAUUUAGUUUGAGCCUGACCGCUUCAAACGUUGCGCAGCAAGCAGUGCGUGUGUGUGUGUGUGUAUGUGUGUGCGAGAGAAAGAGUGCGUGCGCGUGCGUGUGUUUGUGUGCAUUUCGUAUACACUUGUUUGCACUUAGUGUCCAUUAUAGUUGGCAGCAGCCCACUGGUGCAACGGAACCGCACACAACAACCCUUCGCCCCACGUGCCCGUGUGUUGCGUGAUUUUUGGAGCAGCUCAGCCAGAGUCAGGCGCCUCCACCAAGGAACAGUGUGACCAGACAGAUACAGCAGGUUGAUCAUCCACAUCAUCAGUGCUACGCGAAAGCAAAUAAAAUACACCAAAAAAACUCCCCACAAAAUGCCCGCCAACGGUGUGUGUAGUGUUGGGCUGGAGGUGGUCGAGGACAAUGCCACCUAUGCCAGCGGCUCGGACAGUGCCGGCGUGUCGGAGGAUGAGGACGUGCAGCAGCUGUUUGUCAGCGGUGCCGAUCGGGUGACCAGUGUGCUGCCCAAGAAGUCGGACAUCCGCAAAGCCUCCCAGGUGGACGAGCAGGGAGCAGCAGCAGCAGCAGCAGCAGUGUCGGAGAAGCGGUACGCCAGCCUGCCGAACCGCGAGCAGCAUCAGCAAUUUCUGGCGCAGUUCCUGACCGAGGUGCUCAACUCGGCCGUGUUCAAUGCGACCGAUCGGGCGAACAAGGUGCUGAACUGGGUCGAUCCGGAGGAGCUGCAGCGGACGCUCGAUCUUGCGCUCAAGGACGAGCCGGACACGCACGAGAAGCUGCUGGAGCUGACGCGGGCCACCAUUCGCCAUUCGGUCAAGACGGGCCAUCCGUACUUUAUGAAUCAGCUGUUCUCGUCGGUCGAUCCGUACGGGUUUGCGGGCCAGGUGCUGACCGAUGCGCUCAACCCGAGCGUCUACACGUACGAGGUGUCGCCCGUGUUUGUGCUGAUGGAGGAGGUGGUGCUGCGGGAAAUGCGCACGAUCGUCGGCUAUCCGGAUGGUGAGGGCGAUGGAAUUUUCGCGCCCGGCGGCUCGAUGGCCAACGGGUACGCAAUUAGCUGCGCUCGCCACAAGUUCAUGCCCGACAUUAAGACGAAAGGAUUGCAUGCUCUUCCCCGAUUGGUGAUCUUCACCUCGGAAGACGCACAUUACUCCGUGAAGAAGCUGGCGUCGUUCAUGGGUAUCGGUUCAGACAACGUCUACGCUAUCAAGACCGACAACGUUGGCAAAAUUCGUGUCGAGCAUUUGGAAAGUGAAAUUCUCCGUGCCAAAUCCGAGGGAGCGCUCCCGUUCAUGGUGUCGGCCACGGCGGGCACCACCGUAAUUGGUGCGUUCGAUCCACUGGAGCAGAUUGCCGACCUGUGCGCCAAGUACAAUCUCUGGAUGCACGUGGAUGCGGCCUGGGGCGGCGGUGCACUGAUGUCCAAGAAGUAUCGUACCCUGCUGAAGGGAAUCGAAAGAUCCGAUUCAGUCACCUGGAAUCCGCACAAGCUGCUGGCCGCACCGCAGCAGUGCUCCACGCUGCUGACCCGCCACCGCAACAUCCUGGCCGAGGCGCACUCGACCAACGCGACCUACCUGUUCCAGAAGGACAAGUUCUACGACACGCGGUACGACACCGGCGACAAGCACAUCCAGUGCGGCCGGCGGGCCGACGUGCUCAAGUUUUGGUUCAUGUGGCGGGCCAAGGGUACGGCCGGGUUCGAGGCCCACAUCGACAAGGUGUUCGAGAACGCGGAACACUUUACCAACAGUAUUAAGGCGCGGCCCGGCUUCGAGAUGGUGAUCGAGCAGCCGGAGUGCACCAACGUCUGCUUCUGGUACGUGCCGCCGGGGCUGCGCGGGGUGCCGCGCGACUCGGCCGAGUACCGGGACCGGCUGCACAAGGUCGCACCGAAGGUGAAGGAGCGCAUGAUGAAGGACGGCUCGAUGAUGAUCACGUACCAGCCGAUCCACGACAAGCCGAACUUUUUCCGGCUGGUGCUGCAGAACUCGUCGCUCGACAAGUCGGACAUGAACUACAUCAUCGACGAGAUUGAGCGAUUGGGCAAGGAUUUGUAGGGCCGCUGGUGUGUGUGUGUGUCCGUGCUCGGGCGAAUUCCUUGUUGUUUUUUUUUCUCUCCCCCUGUUGCUUAACUUAUUUUCCACCCCGUUUCUUUAUCACGUACAGAUGUAUUUAUUGAAAGCAUUCGUUUGCUAGCUAGGAGCUAGGAGGGUAAAAUUUACAACAAAAAAGGGAAGGCAAAACAAAAACGAAUUGAAUGUAACGGUCAUCUUCUUUCCGAAAUGGUGCAAGAAUUGGAAUGGGAGAAGGCAAAACAAAACAAAACAAAAUACAUCGCAAGGUGCACCCAGGUAGAGGAGAUACGGUGGAUGCGAUAGUGGAUAGUGGAGAGACACGGUACAAGUGGAAUAGCAUGCACGUCCAUAAUGGGGGUGAUGUUGUUCGCUUAAGAUUACUUAUUUGUGCUAGAAGUGUAAGCAUGUUCCAAUAUAUAUGACUAUUUUUAUCAA